AUCACUAUAAAUACUCACCAUUUUAUCUUCUUUCUUCACACACUCAUAACUUCAUAACCAUAACACAAAUACAUAAUCAACAAUCACUUUUUGUUUCAGAGAAUGGGAAAGACAAUUCAGCUGUAUGGAUUUUCUUCAAUUGAAAAUGGUGAAGAAGUGAAGACAUUUCUUGAGCAAUACACAGGAGAAGGAACUGUAUAUACUGUUGAAGUUGGUGAAUACAAGAUCAAAUCAAGAGGACAUGCUAAGGUUCAAUUCACAGACUCUAAAAGUGUUGAAACCAUACUAUCCAUGGCUGAGGAUCAACAGUUAUGGUACCAAGAUUCAUAUCUAAAAGCAAGGGAGUUAAACAAUGACAUAAUAAUUUCAAGUCCAAAAGAAUUAUUAUUAUUCCCAUAUGGUGUGAUUAGUGACAUAACACUUCAUUUUGGAUCUCAGAUUUCUGAGGAUAAGUUUUCUUCUCUUUGGAAAAGGAAGAAUGUUUGUGUCAAAUUCGGAACCGGUCUCCGAAAAUUGUACUUCUUUUUCAGUUAUGGUUGUGUUGAGUAUAAAUUGGAGCUUUCUUUUGAGAAUAUUUGGCAAAUGGAGCUUCAUCUUCCAUUGGAGCAAACUACUAAGUUUCUUGUUCUUCAGUUAGUUGGAGCUCCAAAGAUUUUCACAAAAGAUGUGUCAAUUGUGAACUAUUACAAGGAUGUUCCUGAUAGCUGUUGGGUAAGAGACAUUGAUUUGACCCCAUCAAGCAGCAUUGCCCAAUCAUCUGCUCUAUGCUUGGAGAUUCCAACUAACCGCCGCCUUCCCGAUUUUCGGGAUGGUUUUGUUUACUACAAAGAAGUUGAAGGCCAAUUCUCCAUUGACAAAGGCUCACCUUUCUCUUCUUCAAGUUCAAAACUUGUUCCAAUUGUUGUUCCACCAAUUGACUUGCCAUACAAGAUUUUGUUCAAGAUCAACUCAUUGGUUCAACAUGGAUGUCUUCCCGGCGAGUUACUUGAUGAAAAGUUUUAUAAGUUAGUUGAUCCAAGUAGAAUCAAGAUUGACUACAUAGAGUCUGCACUUGACAAACUCUAUCAGUUAAAUGGUUGCUGCUACGAUCCACUGAGAUGGCUUAAACGCCAAUACAUGAACUACAGGAAUGGUGGGCAAGUUCCCAAAUUGCCCACCAUUGCUGUAGAUGAUGGACUUGUGUAUGUACACAGAGUCCAAAUCACACCUUCGAGAGUUUACUUCUGUGGCCCUGAAGUAAAUCUCUCGAAUCGUGUGUUGAGAAAUUAUGCCAAUGAUCUUGACAACUUUCUUCGUUUGUCUUUUGUUGAUGAGGAUUUUAGUAGAAUGAGCUCAGUGGAUUUGUGUGUUACAAGCAAAAAGUCUAGAAAUGUUGGAAGAAAGACAAGAGUUUAUGAUAGAAUUCUUUCUGUUUUGAGUGAUGGGAUUGUUAUUGGUGAAAAGAGGUUUGAGUUUCUUGGCUUCUCAUCAAGUCAGUUGCGCGAUAACUCGGUUUGGAUGUUUGCUUCAAGAGAAGGACUUGAUGCUGAUGACAUUAGGAGAUGGAUGGGGGACUUUUCGAGCAUUAGAAAUGUGGCGAAAUAUGCUGCAAGACUUGGCCAAUCUUUUGGUUCUUCAAGGGAAACUUUGAGUGUUGGUUGUGAUGAAAUUGAGUUGAUUCCUGAUAUUGAAAUCAAAACAGGUGAAAACAAGUACUGUUUCUCUGAUGGGAUUGGGAAAAUAUCUGAAGAUUUUGCUGAUCAAGUAGCCAAAAAAUGUGGCCUCAAUAGGUUCACUCCUUCAGCAUUUCAAAUUCGGUUUGGUGGGAAUAAAGGUGUUGUUGCUAUUGAUCCUAAAUCUUCAAUGAAACUUUCACUAAGAAAUAGUAUGUGCAAAUACAAAUCAGAGAACAAAAAGUUAGAUGUUUUGGCAUGGAGUAAGUACCAACCAUGUUUCUUAAAUCGCCAACUGAUUACACUUCUUUCAACUCUUGGAGUAGAAGAUCAUGUCUUUGACAAGAAGCAAAAGGAGGCAGUGAGGCGCCUUGAUUCAAUUUUAACAGAUUCUAUAAGAGCACAAGACGAGUUGGAGAUGGUUGCACCAGGCGAAAUCACAAGCAUUCUAAAGGAAAUGCUUAUGUGUGGUUACAAACCAGAUGAAGAGCCUUUUCUAUCAAUGAUGUUGCAGACUAUUCAUGCUUCUAAAUUGCUCGAAAUUCGAACCAAAACAAGGAUACACAUCCCGAAUGGAAGAGCUCUCAUGGGAUGUUUGGAUGAAACUGGGACACUUGAAUAUGGUCAAGUGUUUGUGCAGUGUUCAACAAGGCAAGUAGUAGUCUUCAACAACAACAAUUCCUCCAUUGUAACUACCUUUGUUGUUGGAAAAAAGGUUGUUGUGGCCAAGAAUCCUUGCCUUCAUCCGGGCGAUAUUCGGGUUCUUCAAGCAGUGGAUGUGCCUGAACUUCAUCACAUGGUUGAUUGUGUUGUUUUCCCUCAAAAAGGAGAAAGGCCUCAUACUGAUGAAUGUUCUGGGAGUGAUUUGGAUGGAGACAUUUACUUUGUUUGUUGGGACAAUGAGCUUAUUCCUCCUCAGCAAUUUGAAGCCAUGGAUUAUACUCCUGCACCAACUAUACAAUUGGAUCAUGAUGUUACAAUAAAGGAAAUUCAAGAGUAUUUCUCAGACUACAUUGUGAAUGACAGCUUAGGCAUAAUUGCAAAUGCACAUACAGUCUUUGCAGACAAAGAGCCCAAAAAAGCCAAGAGUAACCAAUGCAUAGAGUUAGCAAAGCUAUUCUCAAUUGCAGUAGAUUUUCCCAAAACAGGUGUGCCUGCAAAAAUCCCAAGCCGAUUACGCGCCAAAGAAUACCCCGAUUUCAUGGAAAAACAAGACAAAACAUGUUAUGAAUCACAACAUGUAAUUGGGAAACUCUUUAGACAAAUCAAGGAUGUGGAAAAUCACUCAAGUUCCAUAAAAUCAUUCACUAAAGAAAUAGCCAGAAAGUGUUAUGACUCUGAUAUGGAAGUAGAUGGUUUUGAGGAUUACAUUGAAGAUGCCCUGAUUCACAAAAAUCAGUAUGAUUACAAAUUGGGAAGCUUAAUGGAUUACUAUGACAUAAAAACUGAAGCUGAAAUACUUAGUGGGAAUGUGGUUUCAAAGUCAAGACAUUUUAAUAAGAAAAGGGAUUUGGAAUCAGCUAAUUAUGCUGUUAAAGCUCUUAUUAAAGAAGCUAGAAGUUGGUUUAAUAAUAACAAGAUUGAAAUAUUUGAUCAAAAUUAUGAUGACUUGUGUGCCAAGAAAGCUUCAGCUUGGUACUUUGUUACUUAUCAUCCAUUGUUUUGGGGAGCUUGCAAUGAUGAUAAUGUGAGUAGAGACCAUUUUUUGAGCUUUGCUUGGUGUGUUUUUGAUAAACUUGUUUUGAUUAAAAGGGAUAAAGGGGGCCUAAUUAGGAGAUCUUUGAAUGUUUCUUCAUUGGAGACAAAGUUUAGUAGUGCUAUAGAUAUAACUUAUGAAGAUUAAGUAUAUAUCAUCUAGUUUGUAUAAUUAUGUUUGGAAGUAAUUUCUAAUGUAUUGAGAUAUGAAGAUUGAGUGCUAUGUGAAAUAUGUUUGUUUUAUAAUAAAACUCCAGUUUGUAAUUCUGUUAUAUCGUAUAAGAUCAUAUGAAAGUUACAAUAGCAAAUUAA